UUUUUAAGUGGCUUUUCCCUUCCGUUUCUAUUGCUCAAUCUAUCAAAUCUCUUGUAUAUCCGUAGAGAACCAAAAUAAAGGGUGAUGCGCUGAUUCAAGUAUAAAUUCGUUAUAGCGACACUGAGGUAGACGGCAGAGACUUAGACAUGUAACUGAACAAAUACAACCGCACCUGCAAUACACGAACCAGAAUAUUUUAUUAAACUUUUUUUUUCCCAUUUCAAUUUUUUUUUUUAUUAUUAUUACACAGCAGCUACAAAUAGCAAACAUGACUGAAGCAAUCUCUGAUGUUCCGAAAGAACUGCAAGAAAGUAUUAGGGAUGUUAUUGGCAGGAAAAUUAAAAUUGCACUGAAAAAGAAAGUGAAGCUAGAAAUCAAAGGCGACAAGGUGGAAAAUAAAGUUCUGGCACUUGCAUCACACCGAGCCUAUCUGUUGACUGCCCGAAUCCCCACCAAGGUGGAACAAACUUUCAAUUAUUUCGAAAUACAAGGAAUCAAUUGCAGCAAACCGGGACAUUUGGCAGUGGAAUAUGAGAGGGGACUGGCCUCAAUGAAAUUGGCUUCAUCUGAAGAUGUGAAUGAAGUGGUAGCACACAUCGGGAACUGUCUUCAAAGGAUUUGUCCUGGUUUGUCUCCACUAAAAAUACUGAAAAAAGUUACAAUGGAACCUCCGGAGCGUCUUGUGAACCUUCAGGCACUGUGGAAUACUCAGAAUGUGAUUGAACCAGGGCCUUGUGGCGGUUUCUCUCACAUGUACAAAUGUGUCUGUGACUGGUUGGGAUUUCCGUAUAGGGAAGAGGUGCAGUGGGAUGUGGACACAAUUUAUCUAACACAAGACACCAGAGAAUUGAACCUUCAGGAUUUCAGUCAUUUAUAUCACAGAGAUUUAAUACCUAUUAUUGCUGUUCUGGAAUACAACCAGUGGUUUACAAAGCUCUCCAGCAAGGACCUCAAACUGUCUGCAGAUGUCUGUGAACAGAUUCUGCGCGUUGUGGGCCGGUCGAGUAGGUUGGAGGAGUUGGUGCUGGAAAAUGCAGGACUCAAAACAGAUUUUGCACAGAAAUUGGCCAACGCCCUCACCCUUAAUCCUUGUUCAGGACUUCACACAAUAAACCUUACCAAUAAUGCACUUGAGGACCGAGGUUUGUUCUCCCUGAGUAUCCAUUUUGCCAAACUCCCAAAGGGACUGAAACACUUAAAUAUCUCAAAAACCUCAUUAUCACCUAAAGGUGUGAACAGCCUUGCCCAGUCACUGAGUGCCAACCAGUUGGUUCUCAACAGCCUCCGUUAUCUUGACCUCUCAGGGAACCUUCUCCGAGGAGAUGACCUCUCACAUCUGUACAGUUUCCUGGCUCAACCCAACAGCCUUACUGUCCUGGAUGUAUCCAACUCUGACUGUGCGCUUGAUAUGCUGUGUGGAGCACUUGUACGAGGCUGUCUACAACACCUGGCAGUUUUAAACUUCUCUAAGACUGUUUUCUCUCACAGGAAAGGCAAAGAUGUCCCACCAUCCUUCAAACAGUUCUUUAGCAGUUCUCUGGCUUUAUCAAGCAUUAGUAUGUCAGGCACCAAACUCCCUCCUGAAGCACUGAAGUCACUUUUACUAGGCCUCGCUUGCAACCCUUACCUGAAGGAUGUCUCUCUAGAUCUUAGUUGUUGUGAGUUAAGAUCUGGAGGUUCUCAGAUUUUAGAAGGCUGCAUUGCAGAAAUUCCAAACAUUUCAAGCCUGGAUAUUUCAGAUAAUGGUUUGGAUUCUGAUCUUACAACUCUAGUGGUAUGGCUAAGCAAGAACAGAUCAAUUCAACAUUUAGCUCUGGGAAAAAACUUCAGCAACGUCAAAUCCAAAAAUCUGGCCCGCGUUAUGGACAAUUUAGUACACAUGAUUCAAGAUGAGGAGUCGCCUCUAACAUCCCUAUCCCUCGCAGACUCCAAACUAAAGAGUGACUUAACAAUCGUUUUGAAUGCCCUUGGCAGCAAUACCUCGCUCACGAAAGUGGACAUCAGUGGUAAUGGAAUGGGAGACAUGGGGGCUAAGAUGCUGGCCAAGGCACUGCAGAUCAACACAAAGCUCAGGACUGUCAUCUGGGACAAGAACAAUAUCAGUCCACAAGGCUUGCAGGACAUCGCUGUUGCUUUAGAAAAGAAUUUUACCUUAAGAUGUAUGCCUAUUCCCAUCAAUGAUGCUUCCCAGGCACUGAAAGCCAAUCUGGAAAAAACUGAAGAUGCGCUACAGAAGAUUGAGUUCUAUCUUCUCCGCAAUCAUGAGACUAGGAAGUACUUGCAGGAGCAGGCUUACAGGUUACAGCAGGGCAUCGUCAGCACGACCACACAGCAAAUGAUCAGUAGGAUGUGUGUCAAAGUCCAAGACCACCUUAACUCUUUGAAAAAUUCAGAAACGGAUUCUGUAGUGGAGGAUGUUAAAAUGGCGGAAAACUUCAUGAGGGAUGCUAAAAACUCAAAAGCGCUGUUGCCAAACCUCUAUCACCUGGGUGGUGCUUCCUGGACAGGUGUCAAUGGCUCUGCCUCGAAUCCCAUUCAUGAGAAACUAGAGUCCAUGGCUGGGGAGGUCACACUGGUUGUAGAUGAACAGUUAAAGACUCACUUGGAAUCAAUGGUGGAUGCAGCUGAAAGGCUCUGCCCUCACGUGAUGAUGAAAACCAACAUCCGGCAGGAUCUGAUUGAGGCUAGCACUGAGAAAAUGUCCAUCCCACACACAUACGUCAAGAAUGUUUUACUGGAGCAAUCCGGAAUAGACAUCCUCAACAAAAUCAGUGAAGUGAAGCUGAAUGUGGCCUCAUUCCUAUCAGACCGAAUUGUAGAUGAGAUCUUAGAAUCACUUUCCAGCUCUCAUCACAAACUGGCGGAGCACUUGACAAGACGAGGUACACCUCUUGUUCACCAGGAAUCACUUGAAAUAGAGGUGAUGGAGGAGAAAGUGGUGAAGCGCUCCACCCUGACAGCCGAGGACCUCACUGAGAUUGAGAGGCUGGAGGAACUGGACACCUGCGUGAUGACACCCAAGUCAAAGCGAAAAAGCAUUCACAGCAGAAUGCUGCGUCCUGUAUCAAGGGCUUUUGAAAUGGAAUUUGACCUGGAUAAAGCCCUGGAAGCAGUCCCCAUCUACAUCGAGGAUAUUCCCCUUGCUCACAGCAUUCUGGAGAAGAGGUGUUCCGGUGCCAUUCCAGAGCUGCCUUCAGAGGAGGCGAAGAAACUGGAGCAUUUCACCAAACUGAGGCCCAAGAGGAACAAGAAACAACAGCCUAGCAAAAUCACUCAGGUCAGCGCUGCUUUAUCUCAGGAGGGAGAACAAAAUGGCCUCAUGGGAAGAGUCGAUGAGGGAGUGGAUGAAUUCUUCACCAAGAAAGUUACCAAAAUGGAUACCAAAAAAAGAUCUUCUCUAAAGUCCUCUAACUCACAAGAAGGAGGGGAAAUGGAAGAAAAGAAGAAACGAGACUCCAGGAAGAGCGGCUUUUUCAACCUGAUCAAGUCCCGGUCCUCCAAGUCAGAGCGUCCCCAGACAGUAGCUUUGAGCGAGGAGCCCUCCUCCCCUAAGAGUUCAAUGAAGAGCCCUGCAGUGGAGCCCCUCUCCCCCAAGAGUUCAAUGAAGAGCCCUGCAGUGGAGCCCAGCAAAGUAAAAGAGGUGAAGCCAGUGUUGACAGACCAGAGCAGCAGCUCGGACCGCUCAGAGGAGCUCAAGACCCCUGACUCCAUGGACGAACACUCAGAAGACUCGCUGAAGGGAGACAAUAAGCCAGAGGGCAAGGGCAGCCCACAGGGGGGGAGGCGCUAUGGGGUCCAGGUUAUGGGCAGCGGACUUCUGGCCGAGAUGAAAGCCAAGCAAGAGAAGAGAGCAGCUGUGGUGCAUAAGGCACAUGACAGCACUUCAAGUACAGCCCGGCAUGACGGAAAUGGUUCAGCAACUAAGGGCCACAAUACCCCAUCUGAGAACCGGUUGCCUGGAGGGAAAGGCAAUUCCCCAGAGAACAACCUGAAGAGUGAAGCCAAGCCUGAGGCUGGAGUGAGGUUGCGCAGUUCUUCCGCAACCCCCACCAGCCCGAAACCCCCCCCACAGGUCACCAAGCCCAGUCUAAUAGGAUGGCCUACUGUUCUGCAGAAACCCCGCAGUAGCAGGAGCACAGAGGAAGGCCCAGAGUCUUCAGCAGGAAGCCUCUCUCUGCUGCCACACUCAUUGAAAAGAGGUCUUUCAGAGGAGAGAGACAGGCAGAGCAGCCCUAUUGUCAGUAGAUCCAGCAGCUGCUCUGCAGCACAAGAAGUACAUCCAACAUCCAUGUCGGAAGCAUCUCAGAGACGGAGCUCUGAGGAACACUCCGAGGACAAUGGGUCAAAGCCAAAAGAGCAGCCCCCUAACAAAGGCCAGCAGGGUAACAAGUCCUGUGACUCUGAAGAGGAAGGAGACAAGGACUUUAUUUUUGUAUAAGAACAGUAAACUUUGCAGCAAUCUACCCAUAUGGGUCUUUUUUUAGAUUUUCACGAAAUGAUUCUUAUUCACCAGAUUUGCUUCACAAAUUAUGUUGGUUUAAUGCUGAUCCUCACAGUCCAAUUAGUAGUUGAAUUUUCUUAAUUUGUUUUUCAACUUGCAUGACCUAAACAGUCAAUUUAUAUGCCUUUUUGUUUUUCUUCUUUUGGGGUUUUGAUUGUCUUUGUUUGGGGAAAUCUAGCUUUCCUCCCUGUUGUCCUUGAAAUGUCUCACAUCUCAGUAAAGCAGCUGUAAUAGGCGAGGGCAACUGCAAUCCUGUACGGUCAUUUCACUCCAGGAUAAGGUAUAAUGGUGUAAGGAACUACUUUAGCAGUUUUAUUUCUUCCAAUAAACCAUUUAAAUUAUGGUUGGUACAUAAACCUGCACUGGAAUGGCCACUUUUGCCCACCUCCAAGCUAUAAGGACUACAUUUCACUAUUCUGCAAGGCAAAGCAAAGCAAAUAAAAUGUGACACUUCUUUUGUGCAGCAGGUAAUGUAUGUACUGCUGAGUAUAUGUAUGUGUGUCAACUGUUCAUGUGAGAUAUUCAGUCAUAGACAAUAUUGUAACAGUAAGUAAAUGUUGCUGCUUAUUAUACCAUAAUUCAAGGUAACUGAUUAAGGACAAGUAUUUAUUCAAAUGUAAGCACUUUUUAACAAAACAAAAUUCAAAAUAAACACAAUUUCUAGCAAUUUAACAAAUAAUCUUUAUCGAAAAAACAUAUUUAUUUCAUUGAAAUAAUUUUCUUUAAAAAUUCCUGUUCACUUAUUCUUUGGGGCAUUGUCGUUUUGAAAGAUAAACUGUCUGCCAGUCAGCCUAUGAGCAGAUGGUAUCACGGUACUUUGUAGAGUGUUUUGAUACAUACAUUGCUCCCCCUUCAUAAGGCAGUCCUUUAUAUUGCAGAACAGGUUAUAAGGCAGUACGAUUAUGGCUCCCAUUUGCUCCAUAAUGCCAACACUAGUAGUCUCAUUUUAAGGUGGAACAGAAAUAGCAUGGUCUCUUAACUAUAGUUCCUGACUACAGUGUUAUAACGGGGGCAAAUGGGAGCCAUGACCAUGAAUGAUCCAAGUCCCUGCUGCUCAAACACCCCCAUGUCAUGAUCGAGCCACGACCAUGUUUAACUGUGGGUAUAAGGUUUUCUUUUUUGAAGCCUUUCCCUUUUUUCUUCAAACAUACUGUGGUCCAUUUUUGGGGAAAUUAUCUAUUUUAGUCUCUUUGGACCAAAGAUUUUAGUUGAAUGCUUCAGAUUCCUGUUGAUAUUUCUUGACAAAUUUGAGAUGGUUUGUUUUAUGAAUUUUCUUUCUUUCGUGCACUGUUAUGCCUGAUGCAUGUAAAUCUUUCUUUAAGUUCUUGGCUGUUAAUUUUUUAUUUUUUUUAAUUUAGUAAUCGGCAGUUGAUUUUACCCCG